UGUCCUAAGCACAAGAUGUCGGGAGAGGAGGAGUUCUAUCUGUUUAGGAAUAUCUCCUCGGUGGGGCCCUGGGAUGGGCCUCAGUACCACAUCGCUCCGGCCUGGGCCUUCCGCCUCCAGGCAGCCUUCAUGGGAUUUGUCUUCUUCGCAGGGACCCCCCUCAACGCCACGGUGCUGGUGGCCACACUGCAUUACAAGAAGUUGCGGCAGCCCCUCAACUACAUUCUGGUCAAUGUGUCCCUCGGGGGUUUCCUCUUCUGCAGCUUCUCCGUCUUCAUCUUCAUUGCCAGCUGUCACGGAUACUUCCUCUUUGGCCGCCAUGUUUGUGCUCUGGAGGCCUUCUUGGGCUCUGUAGCAGGUCUAGUGACUGGAUGGUCAUUGGCUUUUCUGGCUUUUGAGCGCUACAUUGUCAUCUGUAAGCCCUUUGGCAACGUCCGCUUCAACUCCAAGCAUGCACUGGUGGUGGUCCUGGUCACGUGGACCAUUGGUAUUGGCGUGUCCAUCGCACCUUUCUUUGGCUGGAGCCGGUUCAUCCCCGAGGGCCUGCAGUGCUCCUGUGGCCCGGACUGGUACACGGUGGGCACCAAGUAUCGCAGCGAGUACUACACCUGGUUCCUCUUCCUGUUCUGUUUCAUUGUGCCUCUCUCCCUCAUCUGCUUCUCCUACUCGCAGUUGCUGAGGACUCUCAGAGCUGUGGCAGCUCAGCAGCAAGAGUCAGCUACGACCCAGAAGGCGGAACGGGAGGUGAGCCACAUGGUGGUGGUGAUGGUGGGGUCUUUCUGUCUCUGUUACGUGCCCUACGCUGCCCUGGCCAUGUACAUGGUCAACAAUUGCAACCACGGGCUGGACUUGAGACUAGUCACCAUCCCUGCCUUCUUCUCCAAGAGCUCAUGUGUCUACAAUCCCAUCAUCUACUGCUUCAUGAACAAGCAGUUCCGGGCCUGCAUCCUGGAGAUGGUAUGCAGGAAGCCCAUGACAGAUGAAUCUGACAUGUCUGGCUCUCAGAAGACACAAGUUUCUACUGUCUUUUUUAGCAAAGUUGGCCCUCACUAAGGACCCUCGAUUGGCCUGCUGGCAGCAAGCAGACCGCCACAUUAAAAUCCUAACACAGAGCUGGGCAUUGGGUGGCACUCGCCUUUAAUCCCGGCAUUCAGGAAGCAGAGGCAGGCGGAUCUCUGUGAGUUCGAGACCAGGCUGGUCUACAGAGCGAGUUCCAGGACAGCCUCCAAAACAAUACAGAGAAACCCUGUCUUGAAAAACAAAAACAACAAAACAAACAACAACAAAACCCUAAGGCAGGGAAAGGAUGGGAGAGGGUAAUGGCACUCCUGGGAGUCAGCUUCAUUUUCCUGAGGGUGCUGUUCCCACAUGGGCCAUCUCAACAGUGAGUUUCCUUUUCAGUCAUUUUUCUUCUUCCUUUCUGGAUCUGAGAUGAUACAUCCUGUGCUGGAGUAACUGAUAGGGGCGGUGGGGAGAAAGGCCUGGAACACCAGCACCUGCGGUGAACUUACAGGACUUCCCCGUGUGUCUCCCCAGUCACUGGGGUGAACUUACAGGACUUCCCCGUGUGUCUCUCCCAGUCUCUACGUUGUAGCUGCUAUGGCCAGAGAUGCUUCAGUUCACUCAUGUCAAACAGAAGUAUUCUAGGUGUUCUCUUCUUCACUUGGCUAAAUUAAUGUAUCCACUUAAAGUUGUGCACUGAUUAAAGUUAGUUGUUUAAUCCCCUGACGUCCUCAAAAUGAAUCUGCAUGUCUCAGUACCAUUUAUAAACCAAACCCAAGCGCUAAAAACAUGUUGCCUUACGCUCUCCCUACACCUGCUGCUCCUGGAAAAUGAACCCUUUGAAAUGAAAACCAAGAUAAAUGUGUGUUCAGCUACACUCAAAGAAUGCUGGGUGCCAGCCUCAGGUAGCGAUGCCCGGGAGGUCAGGAGGGUCAGCAACCAGAAACCUCGGCAAUCGGAAAGGACUCAGUGUGAGGGAGAAGGAAGCUCUCUCUCAAUCUGGUGGGGAGGUAUGGUGGACCUUCUGGGAGAAUUCCUUUUCUUUGACAUUUUACAACACAGAACU